ACGGGGGAGGGGGAGAAAGAGAGGAGGGAGGGUCACGUGCGGCCGCGCGGCCGCAGAGCGAGCGUGAGCGUGCGCGAGCCGGUGCAGCUCUAGUAGCGGCGGCGGCGGCGGCGGCAGCCUGAGCUGGGGGGAGGGAAGGAAGGAGGGAGGGAGAAAGAAGCGGGCGGGAUUAUUAUGGGCUGUGGGUGCUGCUGCUGAGCAAGAUGGAGCUGUCUGCAGUGGGGGAGCGAGUGUUCGCGGCCGAAUCCAUCAUCAAGCGGCGGAUCCGAAAGGGGCGCAUCGAGUACCUGGUGAAAUGGAAAGGCUGGGCCAUCAAGUACAGCACUUGGGAACCUGAAGAGAACAUCCUGGACUCCCGACUUAUUGCAGCCUUUGAGCAGAAGGAACGAGAGCGUGAGCUGUAUGGGCCCAAGAAGAGAGGACCCAAGCCUAAAACUUUCCUCCUGAAGGCUCGGGCCCAGGCGGAGGCCCUUCACAUUGGGGAUGUACACUUCUCUGUCAAGCCUGGCUCUAGCACCUCGUCACCCAAGCUGCACUCCAGCGCUGCAGUGCACCGGCUCAAGAAAGACAUCCGGCGAUGUCAUCGCAUGUCCCGGCGCCCCCUGCCCCGCCCAGACCCCCAGAACGGCGGGGGAGUGGGAGGAGGGGCUGGCAUACGUCCGCCAGUCUCGCCCUUCUCCGAGACCGUCCGCAUCAUCAACCGCAAGGUGAAGCCUCGUGAGCCCAAACGCAGCCGCAUCAUCCUCAACCUCAAGGUUAUUGACAAGGGCGGGAAGGCCGCGAGUGGGGGAGGGGGCCUGGCCCGUCCAAAGAUCCCCUCACGAAACCGCGUCAUUGGCAAGAGUAAGAAGUUCAGCGAGAGCAUCCUCCGCACCCAGAUCCGCCAUAUGAAGUUCGGCACCUUCUCGCUGUACAACAAGCCGUCCGCUGCACCGGCCACAUCUCUGGAGGGCAAGAUGGAGGCAGGAGGCUCACAAGGUGCCUCCUGCGGGCUUGUCAUGGGCUCCACCCCUUACGAUGCCCACAGCUCCAGCUCCUCAGGCUGCCCCUCUCCUACCCCUCACUCCUCCUCCGACCCAGACGAUUCUCCCCCAAAGCUGCUUCCCGAAACCCUGAGCCCUGCCAUUCCUGACUGGCGCGAGUCGGAGGUCCUGGACCUGUCGAUCCCACCAGAAUCAGCAGCCACCAGCAAGCGCUCUCCCCCCAGGGGAUGUGCUGGGGGCCAGACGCCCUCAUCAUCCCUCUCUUCUUCUGACCCGGAGCAGGAGGCUGGCGACUGGCGCCCUGAGAUGUCCCCCUGCUCCAACGUGGUGGUCACAGAUGUCACCAGCAAUCUCCUGACCGUCACCAUCAAGGAGUUCUGCAACGCAGAGGAUUUCGAGAAGGUGGCAGCGGGUGGAGGAGGCAGCAAGUGAGAAGUUGGCUCCCAGCUUCGGGGGGGUAGGGGAGGCUCUGCUGGAAGAAGUCAUGGUGUGAAUGGCUGUUGUUAGUUUUCUCCUGCUCUCCCCCCAUCCCCUUCCCCGGUUCUUUUUCUUUCUGCUUGGAGACUGGGGUGGGAGUUGGAGGGCAGAGGUGUCUGAAGUUCCCAGAUGUCACAGCUGCGAGGGGUUGGGCUGGGGAAUGAUCAUUUGUCUUCAAAGAACAUGUUGUCAAACUGGUGUGGAGCCUGGGUGACAACGGGGGUGUGUGCGUGUGUGUGUUGGGGCUGGGUGGGUAAGGAUCCCUCCCCCCCAUCUUUUCUGAAGGUAUGGGGGAACUCCUACUACUGGAGAGAUGGAUAAGGCAUUUGAAAGGGGCUGUGCUCCCCUCCACCUUCCCCCUCUGCCAUGCACUGUACACACACUCCUCCACUUCUCCAGUUCUUCACCCUGCCUUCUCCCAGGGCAGCUCUGACCCUCUCCCUUCUCUGUGGCAUGGGUUAGCUGUCUCUUAUGAUCCAGCUUCAGUAGUUCUGGCUGUAUCUUUGGGAGAGGGUUACUAUCGGGGGGAGGGGGAGGAAGAGGAGGGAAGGAGAUCAGAAGGUAAAGCAUCAGGGUUAGAACGAAAUUGCAACAGAGCUCAAGUGCGGGGUUGCACCCCUGCAACACAUGCCCCAGGCUCACUUCCUUCUUGCUUUUACUAUUGGUGCUAACUUGGCAGUUGUAUGGGCACUUUGAGACCACCUGGGCCCUUCCUCCUCCCUUCUGCUCCUUCCCUUCCAGAUCUUCCAGUCUGCUGAGCUUUGUUGGGCCUGUCACUUCCAGCCUGGAUCUUCCUCCUUGUGUUCAUCACUUGCACUUGCUCGGGUCUGAGGCAUGCCGUACCCUUCCUAAGCCUUUUCCUAGUGGAAGUGGGAAAGCCACACAUCCGUCCAUCAAUUCAGGAGGAGCAAUGGCUUGGCAUGACAUUACCCCAGCAGGAUGAGGUCAACAGGUCUUACCUCCCAGGAAAAAUAUAAGCCUCCUUGGGUCCACUGAAUCACUUCACAAGCCUUGUGGGUGUGAAGGAAGAUCUGCUACUCUUCCUGCUUGGUUUCAUCUGUUUGUGGUGGGUGCGUUGGAGAGGGUUCACUGCAACCAUUUCCAGGAUCUGAAAUUGCCUCUACAAUUGUCAACCAAAGGUGCUAAGAACUUGUAAGAAUUACCGUGUCUUGCAUUUUGUUUGUGUGUGUGUGUGUGUGUGUGCGCCUGCCUGCCUCUCCUUCAUCUGCCCCCCCCCCCCGCCCCCAACUCCCCAACACCUUGUUUUUACAUGUUCAGUGUGAAAUUGGAUCUGGAAUCGCCCCCACCCUCUGUAAUUGGAAGCAGGCGAUGAUGUGGCUUCCUCCAGUUCCCUGAGACAUACUCUUAAUGUCCAAGUGUGCAAAAGCGCUCUUCUUUGCCAUUCGUGGCUUGUUUGACUCUGUGUCAGUGCUGAGCUUUGUGGCUAGAUACCCCUCCCUCACUUCCCCACUCCUCUGUUGCCGAAUCUGUGAAACACUCGGGUGUGGGGAAGAGGGGCUGAUAAAGUCCAUCUAAAUUAGUGUUGCAGUAAGUGUCUGCCUUGAUUCCCUGACCACGGGGAAAAAGGGGGUGGGAGGGGUCGCCUGUUGUGGGAUCCAUAAUUCUUUAUAUGCCUACAGUGGUGCGUGUACUGGGGGAAGGAGAGAGGAACUCAGCUCUAAGGAGAGUCUGAGUCUCUCUCUCUCUCUCUGUCACACAACCACCAAAAUAACUAAAUUGGGUGGAAUUCACCCCUUUUGUGGUUUUGCAUGCAGACACCCUGGAUUUGAAGGGUAUGUCUACACUACAAGCGCUAUGGCUGCUGCUAUGCCACUGUAGCGUAGACACUUGCUACAGUGACAGAAGGUGUUUUUCUGUCGGUGUAAUAAAACCACCGCUUCAAGAGGAGGUGCUUGGUUGACAAAAGAAUUCUUCCACUGACCUGGCUGCGCCUACAAUGUGGGUUAGGUUGACUUAACUACAUUGCACAGGGCACAACAUUUUUCACAGCCAUAAGCAACAUGGCUAGUGUGAUCUAAUUUUUAGGUGUAGACCAGACUUAAAACUCACCUACUGCAAAAUAAAUGUCUACACAGAAACUUGCAUCAAAAUUUUAAAAACGUGAAUUCAAAUGAGUUUAGCUCCAGUUUGUGUGUAGCCAAUCUGAGAGAUGAUCCCAUAUGUGGUUAGUUGUAUACCCACAUAACCACAACACCCACCUCCACAAAACUGCCCAUCUUUUAUGGGUUUUUUAAACAAAACUUUUAAAAUCCAGCAGAAUAUUUCAAAACCAAAUACAGGGUGGGGGAGACUUCCCCAUUCAUUCAUCAGUCCAAGGCUUCCUGUAAUUUGUUGGAUAUGUAUGUGUGUAUGUGAAUUAAUACCUGCCUGUUGUCUUUGCUUUGUUUUGCAUCUUUCCUUCACCUUGCGCAUGCAGGGUUCUCUUAUUUCAUGGUAACUUCAAAAACAAGCAGGCCUUGGAGAGGUGGGAGAUCUAUAUUGGGAGAAUAACAAGGAGACUUGUGUUUAAAAAGAGAUGAUUUUAAAAAGGAAUUAAUUUAUGAGGCUUCAAGGUAAGAGGAACUAUUUUACAGAGUAGAUGCAUGCCAGCCAGUCACUUUUUUUUUAGGUUGCUUGGUUACUCUUGGCGUGUAUGUGAUGGCGUUCUUGUUUCGUGGUAAUAAAGUUCAGAAAUAUUUGAAAAGUUUAAGUGGGAGAAAAAAGGGAACUUUAAUAGGAAACUCUUGACAUGUUUUAGCCAAGAAAUGAUCACUGGUUAGAGUUUUUUUUUUUUCCCUCCUGAUGUCUGUUGUUUGGUGUUCCUGGAUUUUUCCAUAAGUGGUUUUCGCCUUCCUCUGAAGCAUUGGCCAGAGGAUUGCAUGGGGGCUCGGUGACCCUUCUUCCUGGAAUUAUAAAGACGGGAGAGGGGCAGUGGGCUUUGGAGGAACGCGUAUCGUAGAUCAUCUCUCAGUAGGAAAGACGUGCAAUCCAGUCAGGGGAAGUAGCUUGACUCCAUUUGUCACUACCCUCCUGGGUGGGUCACCUGUGGGGAUUGAACCCUGAACCUCUGGAUCUAAAAGCAUGAGUCUCUAUUGCUUGAGCUUAAAGAACAGGCAGUAGCAGUCUCAUAAAUCUUUGUGUGGUCCAGCCACUAGAGGCUGACAAAACCCCACGCUGGUAUGAAUGUGGGUUAUGCUCACCUUCCAUCUCCCAUUUAUUUUUUCCUCCCUCCCUACUGGAAGAUAAAAGGGAGGUCCCAUCCAUGCCUUUCAGAGAGGGCGUAGGGUUGGGGGGAGUAUUCAAAAGCAUUCCCCCAAAACCAGGGGAACAGUCUGUGUCUGUGCCAUGUUUAUUCUCUUGUUGUGUUUUUAGAGGAGAUUUUAUGAUGGAAAGUGAAAAAAGUGAAAUGAAUAGUUUUUCAAAAAAAAAAAGAAAAGAAAAGAAAAAAGAAAAGUUUUUAAAAAAUGAAAUUUCUAUAGGGGGAGAGAGAGAGUUUAAAAAUGAAUAAUAAAUGCAGUGAUUGCACAAACUGUAGUGGUAUUAGAUGGUCCUUUAGAGAAGAGAGUAUUUUGUAGUGUUGAAGUGUGUGUCUGGGAUGGUAUCUGGCUCACUUGAACUGGAGGAAGGUGUCCUUGGGGUAACCAGCAAUUUUUGAUUUGAAGAGGCAAGUCCUGUUUUGGAGAAAACCCAUGUAAUUUACCCUUCUCUUCCCCACUUCCCCAAGUGUUGGCAUGAGUUCCAUCCAACAGCACUACCAUUUCCCUUCCCUGCCCCCUCUCCAGAAAUUAGACGGAGGCUCUGUAUUUUUCUCCCUUUCCCAGGUACAGUGGUGCCAAAGUUGUUGCAGAAUGGUAAAUCCUGACCUGAGGGGGUCUGGGCCAGGCUGGUAAAUUGGAAAUGGCAUGUGAGUGGAGCUACUGAGAUCUUGGAUUGGCUUGCAUCUUUCUUGCUAGAUAACCACCCCAAGAGCAGAAUAAACGCUCACUCAGAACAAGGCAAAGCUCCCUUCCUUGUCUUAUCAGCUCACUGAUUUCAGUGCUUAGUGGAAAUGGCAUUUUAAAUACAGAAUUUGCCACAGCAGAACCCAAUGUAGCCCAGUCCAGUUUGGUGUCCCACCUCUGGCAAUGGCCACUACCAGAUCUUCAGAGGAAGGCAGAAACCCCUACGUGUACCUGAAGUUUUGGACAAGUGGGGAUCACCCUCUCCUUGGGAAGGCUGGGGUGCAUCGAGUGCAUGUAGGGGUGAGAGCCAGGAUGGGGUUGGUGGGUUUUUACUAGCGCAGGAUUGUAGUCUCCUGGACUGAGGGAUGUGUGAAUGUCCCAUAGUGGUGGAGGGAGCUUUCCCAGCCAAGGCUGCACUGUGUUUCUUUGCUGCAUAUUGUUCAUCUGCCACGUUGGGGUGACUGUAGGAAAGAGGAUGGGAACCAGGCGUUGGUGUUUGAAUGUAAUAAGUUACUAGAUAUGGGACUCUAAGAUUUCUGGCUUGUCAGGGUCUCCUCUGUGCAUUUUGGGUAAAAAACAAAACUGUAUCUUCCCUUCUCUGGGCUGUUCUUGGGAACUCAUUUUCUCCACUCUUCACCCCUGAGCUCUGCCAGUGCUCCUCUGUCCUGACCUACAGCUUCAGUCCUGAGCUGAGCAUACAUACUGAUCUCCCACCUUUGCUCAGCACUCCGUUCUGGUCUCACUGAAGCUAGCAUAUGGGCAUGGAGCUGACAAGGAUACAAAGCCUUUGCAGGGAUGGGAGGAUGUAUGUAGGCCCAGUGGGGAGUUCUGUCUUCUAAUCUUAGGUGAGCCACUUACUUGCUGUGUCUUUUCAGGGGAUGGGGGAGUGUCUCCGCAUCUCCUGUACUUCAGUCACCCCUCUCCUGCCACCCCUGCUGGGAUGGAGGUAAGGUACCCUCCCUCCUUUACCAAAUGGGUGCUGUCUGAGCUGAGUCUUCCUGGGUCAUUAAAUCCCUUUCCUCGCCUCUGCUGUUAAAGGAAGUUUCAGGCGCUUUGCAAUAUUCCCAACAGUCAAUCUAACUUCCUUCAUGGACCUGACAGUACUGGGGAUGGAGAGUCGGAACUCCCUGUGGAUAUCCAAGCUAAAGCACAGGUUGGGGUGGGGGAGCAGCAGUGCUGGCAGGUAGUCAUUUCCCCCACAGUCCCGCCCUCUACACCACGUCAACAGUGCUGUCUGUGGAUGUGGGAUGAGAAAGUAGCGUAACCAACUGGGGUGGCCCUUCUCGCCAGCGGGUGUGGGAUUCCAGUUCCAUAGCCAGGGUUUGAGCAGGGAGGCGCAACAAACCAAGAAUGGGUGUCUGGCUAAGUGCUCCGUGUCCCUUUGGAGGAGUGCUUGUCCGUCUCCCACCCCUGCACCUCUAACUGAGGCCUUGCACUGUUUGGCCUGAUGUAUCCUUUUCUCCAGUGUUGCUUGCUUUGCUGCUUUUUGGAUUGCCCAAUAUCAUGCAAGAGCUGGGAUCUUAUUUACUUUUUAUAUGAAUAUAGAUAUAGAUAUAUAUAGAUAUAUAUAGAUAUAUAUAUAAAAGAACCCCCCACGUAAUCCGUCCCAAUCCCUGUGUCAAACACAUAAUAGUUCAGAGGGUUGCUCUUGGGGCUGGGAGCUAGGCAUUCCUGGGUUCUUCUGAUUUCCUGUGACCUUGUUCAAGUUGCUUCACUGCCCUUUGCCUCCAUUCCCCUGUCUGUACCAUGGGGGCAAUGCCCUGUAGAGGAUGCUGGGAGGCUAAAAUUUAGUAAUGUGCAUACAGAGCUAUAGAAGGGCUGAGCAUUGCUUCAGAACCCACUCAUUCCUUCCCAGAUAUUUUAUAAAUCCAUUGCAUUGUCACUCUGGCUUUGAAUGAGGGAGCGUUUUGGCCCUCCUCCAAAAGUGCAGUGUGUACAUUUCUGAGGAGCAGAAUCUCUCAUCUCCUCUUCCCCCACCCUUAUUUUUCCAUUUGCUGCUUAACCUCCCCACGUCAGUUAUCCAGCAUCAGAUCUGGGCGUCCCUACUGCUCCUAGUCAUCUCCUCCCCCACAGUGAGGCAAUUGUGUUGACACUGUGUGGUCCUGUAUUCUCAUUAAAACGUGCUAUUCACUUCCAAGGUUGAGAUAGUCCUCACUGGUUUACAAGAAGUGGAGACCAGGAAGUCCCUUCUCUUCUUUGAUUGGAUUAGAUUGGAUUGGAUUGGGGAUUGGUCCUGCUUUGAGCAGGGGGUUGGACUAGAUGACCUCCUGAGGUCUCUUCCAACCCUGAUAUUCUAUGAUUCUCCUCCCCUCUCUCUCCCCCGCGCCCCAAAAAGCAUCUCAGUCAGGUAACAAAGGAAGAUACCAGUUUUUCCAGGGUUGUACCUCUAGCAGUUCUUCUGUCCUUCCCACCUUCUGCUGCCUAGCACAGGAUGAAACCCUACAGGACCAUCCAGAGUUCUGUCUUCGAUGCAGAACUGCAUCCAAGACCUGCUUUCCACCCUAACAGGACACAUCAAUCCCUUAGGGAUGUUCCACUCUUGUCCCUCAAGAGGGUGCUGUCUGGGGUCUUCUGCAGAGACAGCAUGUUCAGUCUGGGGGGUGGAGUGCCCCACUUCUGCACUCUCUGGCCAAUCUAAGACUGGUAUAGGGAAGAGGGUAUUGAGAUAUGGCUGCAACUGGGGAAAUAGUGUGGCAGAGGAAAGAAACAGGGUGAUUACCCCAAAGGAGAACAUCAGUAAGAGAAAUCAGAGUAAUGUGAUCUUAAAUAUUGGCAGUGGUGGGUGAUUCAAGAGAGAUUAAUCUGAUGGGGGGUAAUGGCAGGUUAAGUAGUUUAAACAUUAAUCCCUGUAUUAGCUAACACCCCAUGAUUCCCCAAUUCAGCAAAGCAUCGAAGCACAUGCUUAAAUCCAUCCCUGUUCAGCAAAGCACUUAAAGCAUGCACGAAACUUCUAAGCGGGUGGUUAUGGAUCUAAGUACUUUACUGGAUUGGGGCCUCAAACAGGAAACGUGUCUUUUUAAAUCCAAGUAAAUUUUCCCCAUUAUUGCAGUUUUCUUCUUUGCACUUCCGCUAGGAUGGUGAAAUUAACUUGGUCAGUAUCACUUCCUGGUUCCCCAGGAGUAGCCUUGACUCUUCCAGUGUAGCAGGGACAGGUGGGUUUCCUUGUUGUGGGGGGAGGAAACUUCAUUCAAGUUCUGAGAAUAAAUAAAUCUACCAUCAUAUUUUUUUAAAAUCUAAAUUUUGGAGCUAAACUACUUGCCAUGCCCCCCCUUCUCCUCUUAACAGUAGGGGAUUCUUUUUUUUCUUUUCUUUUCUUUUUUUUUUUUUUUUUUAAAUUUUGGGUGGAAAAUUGCAAGGGGGGGUGGGAAUCAGGGCUUGCACAUCUGCCUCUUCCCUCCACCUCCCCAGGUGCCAAACUGAGGCCCAGAUCCUGCAGACUUAUGCAAGUACUUAACUUUAAGCAGGCGAGUAGUUCCACUGAUGUCUAGAGGUACUUGCUUCAAGCUAAGCAUGUGCAUAAGUCUUUGCAGGAUCAGGGCCUUACUCUUUAUCCCAGAGAGAGAUUUUGAUUUAAUUUCUAUAAUGGUGAUGGUCCUGAUGCAACCCAUAUACCCCCCUCCAUACCUACCCCACACUUGGCAUACAGGGUAUGGUUACCCUUUAACCUGGUUGUGUGAUUCCCAGCUCAAGGAGACAUUCACACUAUUUCUUAUUGAGCUAAUGCACUAAAAAUAGAGUGUAACUGUGGCAGUGCAAACUUCAGGACUGGCUAGCUACUCUAGGGUCUUAGACGGGCAUGUACUCGGGGCAACUAGCCUGUCCUGUGGCUUGUGCCACCAUGGCUUCACUCUAUUUUUAGUAUGCAAGCUCUGAGAGCUGGCACAAGUAUGUCUCUUCAAGCUGGGAAUCACACACCCGGAGCCAACUGGAGACCUACCCAGAGAGGGGAGGUGGUGACUUUUUUUAAUUUAAAAUAAACCUAAAUAUCUUGUAACUUUUUUUUAUUUUGAAAAAUGCAUUUAAUUAAAGAAUCAUGCACGAAUGAAUUGUAUAUCUAUAUAUUUUUUUGUCUUGUAAUUUUCAUUUUUAAAUAUAGUGUUUGCGUUUGUUUAUUUUAAUCCAGUUCCCAGCUGGCUAAACUCUGUCUAGAGUGGAUGGAUGGGACGCAGGGUGGGGCGAUAGGAUCCCCCUCCCAUUGGCGUUUCCAACGGAAAAAUGGCUUGCUCUGGGUUUGGGGGCAGUUUGUGCUAAUUACUCUCGUAUUCUUGUACAUUUUGUUCUUUCUGCUGCUCUUGAGUAUUGUAUCGAUGCCAGAAAUGGGGAGUUAAAGAAAAAUAUUAACCCCAAUAAAUUGUUACAUUCCAAA